AUGAGAAAGGAACUUAUUCGUAUUUCUGUACAUUCUUUGUCGCGAAAUACUGCCCUUGCAAAGUCAAGAGCGAAGAGAGCCAUUUCUUACCAUAAAUGUUUAACUUCGACAAUGACUGGUAACGGUUUGGUGAACAAAUACCAAUCGGUUCAAAACCGUGUCAUUCAUGAAAUAAAACAUUAUUAUAAUGGUUUCAAAUUAUUAGUUUCUCAAACAGGGACCUCAUGUAGUCUUCUUCAUCAAGUCUUCAACGGACGUACAUUGACUAGAAAAGAAAGAAAACAGUUAAUUCGGACAAUCAAUGAUCUAGUUCGACUUGUUCCUUUUUCGGUAUUCAUCAUUGUUCCAUUUUUGGAAUUUACGCUACCAUUCUUUCUAAAACUCUUUCCUAAUAUGUUACCAAGUACUUUUCAACAAACGAGUGAUUCAGAGCAAACAGGUAACAAUUACCUGAGGUUACAAUUGGAAAUAGCAAAACUCCUACAAAAGACAAUGGUCAAUUGGAAGGAUGAGUUUGAACAAAAUGUGUUCAUCAACAAAGCAUAUCCAUCAAUCGAUGGCAUGCUGCAAUUCGGUUUGCUAUUUUCCCAUGAUUUCAGCAUCGAUAAGCUAAAUCGUUUACAGCUAAUCUCACUAUGUAAACUUCUUCGCAUAUCAUCGUUGGGUGUCAAUUCCUAUCUUCGUCUCAAACUUCAAUUCAAGUUUCAUCGCAUAAAAUGUGAUGAUAAACUAAUUGUUGCUGAGGGUAUCGACAAUCUUACUUUCGAAGAAUUGCAAAUGGCAUGUCAGGAACGUGGAAUUUAUUCCGUUAACAUCGAUGUAAACUAUUUACAAUCACGAUUACAACAAUGGCUUGACUUACAUUUGAAUAAACACACUCCUACGACUAUUCUAAUCUUCUCACAUGUACUGUCAAGUCAAUCGAAUGAUCUAUAAUCAUCUAAAGUUCUGCCUUUCAACACAUCAAAUACGUUCUCCCAUUAUCGAGCAUUCGUGUCAACUCUUUAUCAAUCUUGA